AUGAACGCCGCAGUGACUAACAUGGCCGUCAUGUUCGGCGCGAUGCAGAUCGCGAAGCGUAUCCCCUUUGACGAUAAGCCCGAGUAUGUGCGCUACGCGCAGCUCGUGUAUGUCGUGUCGCAGCUGCUCUGUCUGGGCGUCUUCUACUUCUGCAGCCUACAGGUGAAGAAGAAGAACGACCUCACUGUGCUCAAGUAUGUGAAUGCCAAGGUCCCGACGGUACGCUCAUUUACUCACAGACAGUCACAGGAGCCUGGCGAGCUUGUGACUACGACGCACCGCGACUACGACCUUGCGGAAAUCAGCAAGAGCAUUCGCGGCGUGCUCAUGGGCGUGGCGUUCAUGGCCGUAAUGCACCUGUACAUGGGCUACACCAACCCUCUCGUGAUCCAGAGCAUCAUUCCCCUCAAGAAUGCCCUCGAGUCCAACAUGGCCAAGAUCUGGAUCUGGGGCGUGCCGGCCACAGGCGACCUGAAGCGCCCCUUCAAGCCGGCGCCGGGUCUGUUCAGCGGUAUGAACCAGGGUCCCCAGUCCGACAAGGCGUCCGUUAAGGAGGCCGAGAAGAUCACUGGGUCGAUCCAAGCCAAGGCCGAGUAG